AUGUCUGCCAUAGUGUGUGGGAAGAGAUCAUCGAUAUUCGAAGAGAACUCGCUGUCCUCAUCGUCCCCUCCUGUCUCCUCCUCAUCCAAGAGAAUCCGCUUUUCUUCUUCACCUGUACGUUUCUCUCCUCCGACUCCUGCUCCGACGUCGUUUGCUUCGCAUUUGAUCGACCAUCUCAGGGCCAUUUUCCCGGACAUGGACAACCAGCUUCUGGAGAGAGCACUUGAAGAAUGUGGUGAUGAUUUGGAUUCAGCUAUCAGAAGUUUGAAUGAGCUACGUUUAAGUUCUGCUGCAGGCAAAUCUAAAAUAGCUUCAGAAGCAAAUGUGCAACUCCAGUCACAAGGUUCAGCUGCAACAAAUGGAGAGGAUGCAGUUACUGAUGAUCCAUCAGGGCUAAAUAACCUUCCCAAGGAUGGAGCGGACUGGGUGGAGCUCGUUGUUAGAGAGAUGAUGAGUGCCUCCAACAUGGAUGAUGCUAAAGCUCGUGCUUCAAGAGUGCUUGAGGCCCUGGAGAAAUCCAUCAGUGGACGUGCAACAGCAGAGGCAGCCCAAAGCUUUCACCAGGAAAAUAUGAUGCUGAAGGAACAAUUGGAAGUUCUAAUUCAGGAAAACUCAAUUUUAAAGCGAGCUGUAUCCACUCAGCAUGAACGCCAGAAAGAGUACGAAGAUAGAGGCCAGGAAUUGCAGCAUCUGAAGCAACUGGUGGCCCAAUACCAGGAACAGUUGAGAACCCUCGAGGUGAACAACUAUGCACUAACAAUGCACCUGAAGCAGGCUCAGCAAAGCAGCUCCAUCCCAGGGCGUUUUCAUCCGGAUGUUUUCUAA